AUGAGAAUGAAUCAGAGGAUAAAUCAAGUAUAUGAAGUGAACAUGAUGUUAGUAAAAAGAAGGAAUGAAUUAGAAAAUGAAUUAGAAAAUGAAUUAAUUGGUAACUUGAGUUUAAUGAGUAACUCAAUUAGUACAGCUGAGGUAAGUCAAUAUUCUUUGAAUGCUUCAUGCAUAUUCACCAUUGAUCAAGUAUUAGAUUAUCAAAUUGAAGAUUUAGGAAAUACUAAAGGGAAAUUAGUUUUAUUGGAAGAUAUUAAAAUCAAGAAUGCUAAUGAACUAUUUAAUGAUAUCCUUGCAGAUUUUAAUUCCCUGUUAUAUGAAGAUAAACUGAAUAGAAAGAAACAUUUAAGAAUUCCAAAUGUUAUUUUAAUGAAAGAUUGUGAAGAUGCAAAUGAACAAGAAUUAGAUAUCACUGCCUUCGAAAGUUCUACCACAAGCUUAUGUCCAUACCUGAAAGCAUCAACACAACAAAUUUUAGAUGGUAAAGUAAUUGAUGGGAAUUUGAAAAGAGAAGAUAUAAUCAACAAUAUUCAUGACUCUUUAAAUUCAACGUUUAACAUCACAAUUACCAUUAAAAAGAAUCAAUUCAAAAAUAAUGUCCUUAAGCAAAUUCAUGCCACUAAAUUUGAACAAGUGAACAGAAACAAAAAAAUCAAAUUGGAAAUUAAUGAAAAUUAA